CCCCUCGGCGCCGGCGCCGGAGCCCGGUCCGCGAGCGGCGGCGGCCGGAGGGACGAUGAGCGCGGCGCGGGCGGGCCCGGCCCGGCUCGCCGCGCUCGCGCUGCUCACCUGCAGCCUGUGGCCGGCGCGGGCCGACAACGCGAGCCAGGAGUACUACACGGCGCUCAUCAACGUGACGGUGCAGGAGCCCGGCCGCGGCGGCCCGCUCACGUUCCGCAUCGACCGCGGGCGCUACGGGCUCGACUCGCCCAAGGCCGAGGUCCGCGGCCAGGUGCUGGCGCCGCUGCCCAUCCACGGAGUUGCUGAUCAUCUGGGCUGUGAUCCUCAAACACGAUUCUUUGUCCCUCCUAAUAUCAAACAGUGGAUUGCUUUGCUACAGAGAGGAAACUGCACAUUUAAAGAAAAAAUAUCACGGGCUGCUCUCCACAAUGCAGUUGCUGUAGUCAUCUACAAUAAUAAAUCCAAAGAGGAGCCAGUCACCAUGACUCAUCCAGGCACUGGAGAUAUUAUUGCUGUCAUGAUUACAGAGUUGAGGGGUAAGGAUAUUUUGAGUUAUCUGGAGAAAAACAUCUCUGUACAAAUGACAAUAGCUGUUGGAACGCGAAUGCCACCUAAGAACUUCAGCCGAGGCUCUCUAGUCUUCGUGUCAAUAUCCUUUAUUGUUUUGAUGAUUAUUUCUUCAGCAUGGCUGAUAUUCUACUUCAUCCAGAAGAUCAGGUACACAAACGCACGCGACAGAAACCAGCGUCGUCUUGGAGAUGCAGCCAAGAAAGCCAUCAGCAAAUUGACAACCAGAACAGUAAAAAAGGGCGAUAAGGAAACAGACCCAGACUUUGAUCAUUGCGCAGUCUGCAUAGAGAGCUAUAAGCAGAAUGACGUUGUCCGGAUUCUCCCCUGCAAGCAUGUUUUCCACAAAUCCUGCGUGGAUCCCUGGCUUAGUGAACACUGUACCUGCCCUAUGUGCAAACUUAAUAUUUUGAAGGCCCUGGGAAUUGUGCCAAAUUUGCCAUGUACUGAUAACGUGGCGUUUGACAUGGAAAGGCUCACCAGAACCCAAGCAGUUAACCGAAGAUCAGCCCUAGGUGACCUCACCAGCGACAACUCCCUUGGCCUGGAACCACUUCGAACUUCGGGGAUCUCGCCUCUUCCUCAGGAUGGGGAGCUCACUCCCAGGACAGGGGAGAUCAACAUUGCAGUAACAAAAGAGUGGUUUAUUAUUGCCAGUUUUGGCCUCCUCAGUGCUCUCACGCUCUGCUACAUGAUCAUCAGAGCCACAGCUAGCUUGAAUGCUAAUGAGUGCUCAUCACACUUUACCUGGAGUCUUACACACUUAGCUUGUGGUGGAACCUGGCACCCGGGCCUGUGGUCACAGAACAGUGACUUGGAUGUUUAGCCUGCAAGAAAGAAGCAAUCAGGAAGACCUGCUGUUUCCAAAUAUUAGGAAGACCGUUGAGGGGGAAAGAAAAUAAGUGUAAACUGUAUUUCCGUGGGGCAAAGUGAGAUGAAAGGGGAGGACUCAGAGGAACAACAUCCGUCAGUGAGGCUGCUCCCCAGGGGAGGGGUCUGUUGGAGUGAGAGUGGGAGUGCCCAGGACUAGGAAGACAGGCAGAAGCCAGAUGUCACCUGGCAGGGCUGCUGUAGGUAGGAGGUUUUUCAGAGGAUGGAAAAUUGGGCCAGAUGACUGGUAAGGUUCAUUUUAAUCCUGUGAUUUCCCAAGAGUAGCUUUCCACAGGGUAAGGUAUAGAAAAGGCUUUUUAAAGGUUUUAUUUGUUGUAUUUUAAAUUUUGGGCGUUUACUGUAGGAUAUUAUUCACUCAUUUCUUUUACCCGUAUUCAUGAAAACUAAUUUGAGGUGAAAGCAAUCCUGGGACAAUACCCAAAUUUGAACCUAAAUUAUUACAGGUAGAGAAUUCAUGUGCUCUCCAUAUUCAGUUAUGUCCUGGCGUUUUAAUUGAUUAAUGAUAACCAAUCAAACUCAUGUGAUUGGUAUCAUUGAAUGCCCAUCGUCCAGCUGUGGAGAUAGUGGGCAAGUAACCGCCACUUGCAUUGACAUGGUUUUAUUCCCUCUCACCUGAUCUCUUGGCUAGAUAUUUAUUUAUAAAGUGCCCUUUGGCAUCCCUGACCUGUCACCUAUUGGGAAGAUGUCGUGGUCACUUGGUGUUCUUCAGCCUUCAGAUAGGUAGUGUCAGCCUCCCCCACCAGGUCAACAGCUAGCUGCUUCCGUUGGGCCCAGCUGACACACUUUCACUUCAGCCCAGCACAGCAUUAACUGCUCAGAUUCUAGAGACAGACAUACCUAGAUGUGACUUCCCACUCCUCCAGUUUUUGCUUGUGAGACUGGGCAGUUUUACUGAGCCGAUGCUCAUUUUAGUCACCCCCAACAUGGAUAAUGAUAGGAGUGCAUCUUAGGGGUGUUAUGAGAAUUAGCACAUAAAGUGCUUAGCACGGUGCCUGGUACAUAGUAAGUGCUCAAUAAAUGUCAGCCCAACAAAUCCACUGAGAUUCCUUCAAAGUCCUGUGAAUAAGAUGGCCGUGUGCCUUCAUCAUUUGGCAAAUGAAUGUAAUUUUCUUCCAUGAAAUAGAAAACAGAAUCAUAGGAGCUCUGUGAGUGCCUACGAUUCAAACCUCAGUUCAGAGGGAAAUAUUUAUUUCACCUGUGAUCACCUCUUUUGCUUACUCCCAUCCUGACCCAUUAGACUAGAUGACAAUGUAAGCCCGCUUCUUAAAAUCUUCACAAAUGAGCUAAAGCCAAUCACAGCGAGUAGUGGCGCUCAGGGCACUUUCAGAGACUAAUUAAGUAAUUUAGUGGUCACCUUGCUGCCUGCCGCUCACAGUCUGCCAGAUGCUCAGUUCGUGCAGCAGAUAUUUUAGAGAAUGCUCAGUAGACAUGUUACAUGUCAGUAAUCAAAGUAAUAUUUCAGUUCCAUAAAUGCCUGCAUCACUUAGAUCUAAGUCAGAGAUCUUAGAUCCAUGUCUUAUUCCAACCCUUCUCCCACUGGCUUUCGUGGAGGGUUGAUACUGCAGUUGUUCAUUUGAUAUUAUUUCUGUGCCUUCAGUCAAAACCACUCUUCAGAGCCGACAAUUUUCAUGAUCCCAUUUAGAAAGAGAGAAAGUGUGUCUGUGUGUGUGUGUGUGUAUGUGUAUGUACACAUUUAUGUAUAAAUAAAAGGGUGGUCACCAAAAUAUUAAUGGUGCUUAUUUUUAAUUUAGUAGAAUUUUGACUGAUGUUUUUCCCUCCUAUUGUGCUUUUAUGUGUUGAUUUUUUUAAAUAACAUGAGUUACUUAACUUUUUUAAAGGCUGUUUUAAUUGUAGGGAAUAAAAGAUAAUAAUCAACUCUUACUCAAUGUCUCUUUCCCAGAAACAUUGAUGAAAACUUCUUAUGUGAUUUUAAUUCCAGAGAAAAGCUUAUUUUAGCAAAAAAUUUAAUUAUUAUUAAUGAAUUCUUUGAAAUUUAUCUUAUUUCCCUUUUUGCCUUUACCAAAAGCUUAGAGCCAAAAGGAGAUCGCCUUUUGAAUUUAAUUGCUCUGUUUUAAUUUUCUGGGUAACCUCAUCCGUUUGUAAGAUAGUCCUCUACGUAAAUAGAUUCCAUGUUUUCACGUUAGUUAUUUGUUUAGAAAUUAAUAGUAAACUUCACGUCUACGCCCAUUGCUACUAUUAUAGUUUACUUUUCUAACAGUUACACUGAACUUGUGUACUGUGAUUUCAGCAAGACCUUGAACCAGUGUAGUCGCUGGUGAAACCCUGUGGAUAAGAUGAAGCAGUACAGGCCAGAAGUAAGAGCAGGCAUGUGGAACCCCGGGGGCCAGCCUCCCCCUCAGGGUGUGGCUCGCUGCCCCGCUAAGGGUGAAAGCGCCCCCUCCGCCCUCACCAUGCUCUGCACCUUUAUCCAGGGCUUGAUGCUAUUGGCUUCACUCAGAAGUCCAUGGAUCUGGAGUCACUUCCCUUGUGUUGUGAUGAAAUACUGUUUAGGUAUUCAACCAUAACUAAUUGUGCUUUAAUUUUUUUUAACACUGAGAACAAAUCUAAUGAAUUUUGAGACUUUGCAAAUAUAAACAGGGUAGUAGUCAAAGAAGCAAAUAAACGCAAGGUAAAUAUAUUCAUAUAUAUUAGCUUCUCAUACCUCUGUUAGUACCUAAAGCAAAGUUAUUAAACUUCAAUUCCCAGAGGAGGUUUCCUGCUCUACUUCAUUAUUCAAAUAAACUUUGUUAAAUCCCAA